UAAUGCGACGUCAUCUUUGCAGUAUUAAGGUCUUAGAAAAGCUACGUGGACGUUCUAGCAGAGAGGAAACGCACAAGACAGCAGCAGGGUAGGGAGUAUUGACAUAGCCACAGUCACCAUGGACCAGGUUAUGCAGUUCGUUGAACCCAGUCGUCAGUUUGUGAAGGACUCCAUUAGACUUGUCAAAAGGUGUACAAAGCCAGACCGAAAAGAAUUCCAGAAAAUUGCCAUGGCAACGGCAAUUGGUUUUGCAAUUAUGGGAUUCAUUGGCUUUUUCGUGAAACUUAUCCACAUCCCCAUCAACAACAUCAUUGUUGGUGGUUAAACAUCUUACCUGCUGAAAGACUAUGACCUGACCUACAAGUGUGGACUGGAGAGGAGAGGAGAGGAGAGGGGUGGGGUUAGAGACUGAUUUUUUACAUUUGUUGUAUAGUUGUAUGUGUUAAUAAAUGUGGGAGACAAACUAAAA